CUCUCAUAUUUCUAAAUUUCUAAACCCUUUAUUUCUCUGUUCAUUGGUAUAAGUAAAUCAAAAAUUAAAAAAAAAAAAGAAAAAAGGAAAAAAAUCACAAGAAUGAAUUUGAGUUCAAGCAUUUUGGGGAAGAACUUGCAGAUUCAUCGUUUUCAUCGCCCUCAACUGGAAUUUUCUACUAAUAUUUCUUCUCGUAAUCAGUCAAUUUUAGGGCUAUUUGAUCGUUUUCCGCCGCAGAUUAAUGGAGUUUCUGUUCGUUGUUCGAACAUUUGGCUUUCUGCAGAUUGGAGCUCCAAAUUCUCCAUUUCCACGAGAUGUGUACCGAACAGUUCUUCUGAAUCUUUGCGGCUGGAUUGUGAUUCUUCGAGCAGUUCACCAGAGAUACUUAACCAGAAGAAAGCUUCAUUUGUCGAGAUAUUGAAGCAGUCAAAUUCUCUCCUGCCCCAUGUUGUUCUUGCUAGCACACUGAUUGCGCUUAUUUUCCCACCAUCUUUUGCAUGGUUUACUAGCAGGUACUAUGCACCUGCAUUAGGGUUUUUGAUGUUUGCAGUUGGGGUUAAUUCCAGUGAAAAGGAUUUCCUUGAAGCAUUCAAGCAACCAACAGCUAUCUUUGCUGGUUAUGUGGGCCAAUUUUUUGUGAAGCCGCUUCUUGGUUAUCUGUUUGGGACAAUCGCAGUGACCUUUUUUGGUCUUCCUACAGCAAUAGGUGCCGGGAUUAUGUUGGUCUCUUGUGUUAGUGGGGCACAACUCUCAAGUUAUGCAACAUUUUUAACCGAUCCAUCCCUUGCCCCCUUAAGUGUAGUUAUGACCUCAUUAUCCACUGCCACUGCUGUUUUCGUCACACCAUUUUUAUCCUUAUUGCUCAUUGGAAAGAGACUUCCAGUUGAUGUUAAAGGGAUGAUAUCCAGCAUUACGCAGAUUGUAGUUGCACCAAUUGCCGCAGGCUUGCUUCUCAACCGGUUCUUUCCUAAGAUUUGUGAAGCCAUUCGACCUUUCUUACCUCCGCUUUCGGUAUUGGUGACAGCUUGUUGCGUUGGAGCUCCACUUGCGAUUAACAUAAAUGCUGUCAUAUCCCCUUUUGGAUUUUCCAUAUUACUGCUCAUUGUAGCUUUUCAUUUAUCCGCCUUCAUAGCUGGUUACGCCUUGACUGGUUUUGCAUUUCAUCGGGCACCCGAUGUGAAAGCACUGCAGAGAACACUAUCCUAUGAGACAGGAAUGCAAAGCAGCCUCCUUGCUCUUGCUCUUGCCAAUAGGUUUUUCCAGGAUCCCCUUGUUGGUGUCCCCCCUGCCAUCUCAACUGUGAUGAUGUCUUUGAUGGGAUUCUCUCUGGUUAUGAUAUGGAACAAGAGCAAAGAAAAGAAUAUGAUCAAACAGAGUUAAACAAAGUUCUUGAGGUUAUAUUUGUUGUACAGGUGUUGUAGAGGCAGUUGAAGACGAACCAAAGCUAUAGACCACAUCUUCUCUAGAAUUGCGUCAAACACUUGGACUCGAGGUUACAACCUUUUCUUUUAUUACUUCUAAGUUCAAAUGAGAGUGAGGAUUCCAACUUACAACGUUUAAAGAAAUUUUCUAUAUUUCGAUGAAUUGGCCCAUAUCCAAAGUUGGUGAUUUGCUCCACUAGUAAUCUUCAAUUUUGGUCAAACCUAAAUUAUUAGUUAUCUCUCUCCUUUCUUGUUCUAUUGAUCUUUGGCCAUAAUCUGUAAUAAAAUUUGGUGUAAUUGUAAUGGGAUUCUAUUGAUAGAUCGAUCAUAAUUGAUCUAGUUGUUAACAUAAUCGAAUUACUUUUGAUCACGUUUACUUAGAA